AUGUUUACUUCUACUUCAGUCAAACGAAUAUUCGAUCAAUCUGAAGUACUUUCCACCGCGAUAAUAACGAUUAAAAAAGAUUACAAUUAUUAUCUCGACUUAUCAAAUUGGCAACUCAACACUGAAGUUGAUGAAGAUGCAUAUGUUGAGGCGUUUCCUUUUCUUUCGGAUCGUAUUAAAUUUAUACAAGAUUUAAAGAAUUUUUAUGAAGCAAGAAAAACUGUUUUUUCUCAUAUCGAAAGAAUUUUUUCUAAAUCGUUCGAUGAUAUUCAAGAAUGGCGAACUACCAUAUUGCAAGGUCCUAAAUCUGGUGCAAAAAUCGCUCUUGAUAAGUUAGAGCGUUAUGAGAAAAAAUUGAACUUGGAAAAAUAUGGCAUUCCCAUUAAAGAAACGAAAAAUGCAAUCGAAACUCAACUUCAAAUUCCCAUCAGCAAAAGAAUUAAUCCUAAUAAAGAUUAUUUUGAUUAUUAUAAUGUACCAACUGGAAAAAAAGAAAGAGAUGAAAUAUAUGAUGAAUGUGCAAUAUGUAAAAUGAAGGAAGAAACCGGAAUAACAAUUCAAGAAUUGUUUUAUGUUGGAACAAAUGAAAGGUUUAAAGUUUUUCUGGAUGGAAAAAAAUGCCUAUGUCGAUGCACCAUAUAUUAUACCUAUAUUGAUGAACAGAUUCUAAUUCGAACUAAACCUAAUAAGCAUGAUGAUUAG